AUGAAGUCUCCAAGACAAAAGCUCCUGGAGGCUGGAGCUAGGGGCGUGACUACGGCGCUGUAUGAUUUCGAGGACAGACUGAUCGAUGAGUUGAGUACCGUGAGGCUUGACCGAUUUGGUAUAUGA